GGUUCCCAAGUCGAGUCAGAACCAGGCUAAAUUUGUUGACAUUCACCAGCUUCAGCGAUGUUGUCUAGAUUUAAACAGCUGCAAUUUCGGCAUCUGCAGCGCUAUGUAGAUCCAGUGAAGGUUUUAAACAGUUACCACACUAAAUCUGGAGUAUAUGGACACUACCCCAAAAAUAAAUCUGAAUUUAAAAUUGAUGAUGCUGCAAUCCAGAACAGGAUACAUCAAAGUAAUGUGUAUAGAUUGGUGGAGGGAUACAGGACCUUUGGACACAGAAAAGCCUCCUUAGACCCCUUGCAGCUGGCAGAGAUUGAACCUGUUCCAGAACUUGAGGCUGGCAUGUAUGGGAUAUCAACUGAUAGUAAUCACAUAAUCCAGACAAAUGGAAUAUUUAAUGGACCAGACAUGACAAUUGAAGAACUAAUACAAAAUUUGGAGUCCAUUUACUGUGGUCCUGCUGCCAUUGAAUUCAAGCAUUUAGAAAAUACAGAGGAGAUAGAAUGGCUAGCUGAAGCUUUUGAGAGACGAGGGGAGGUAGAAAUACCCGCCAAGACAAAAGUGGAAUUGGCAGAUUUGAUGUUACGCUGUCAGGCAUUUGAUCACUUCCUGGCCAACAAGUUUGUGAAUGUAAAGCGUUAUGGAGGUGAAGGUGGGGAGAGUAUGAUGGCUGUCUUUGAGGAGAUCUUCAACAAAUGUUCACAAAGUGACCUGACAGAUGUUGUUAUAUGUAUGCCACAUAGGGGGCGUUUGAACUUUCUCACCUGUAUGUUAAAGUUUCCACCAGUCAUCAUGUUCAAGAAGAUGAAAGGUCUGUCUGAAAUUCCUCCAAAUGUUGCUGGAAGUGGCGAUGUUUUAUCACACCUGUACACGUCCGUCGAUUUGAACUACAACAAUGACAGUGUUCAUGUUAGUCUGAUCCCAAAUCCCUCCCACCUAGAGGCUAAUAAUCCAGUGGCUGUUGGGAAGGCCCGUGCGAAACAGCAGACAUUACGAUGUGGUGAAUACAGCCCAGAGACAACUGCCAAAAGGGUCCUGAGUGUGCAAGUGCAUGGUGAUGCAUCUUUUUCUGCACAGGGUGUAGUUGCAGAAACAUUCUGUAUUGCUGAAUGUCCACAUUACAAUGUUGGAGGCAGUGUACAUCUAAUUGUUAAUAACCAGAUUGGCUUCACAACAGAAGCUUGCAGGGGCAGAUCCUCCAGAUAUAGUAGCUGCCUGGCCAAAAUAAAUGCCUAUCCUGUUCUUCAUGUGAAUGCAGACUACCCUGAGGAAGUUUUACGAGUGACUUCUAUAGCCAUGGACUACCAGAGGAAAUUCAACAAAGAUAUCAUCAUAGAUUUCAUUUGCUUUCGUAAGCAUGGGCACAAUGAGCUAGACGAACCCUCAUUUACGCAGCCGGUGAUGUAUAAAGCAGUGAAGGCCAGAGAGAGUAUCCCAAAUCAGUAUGCCAACCUCAUUGUGUCAGAGGGACUAUGUGAACGGGAAACAUUGGAUAACUCAGUCAGAGCUUGGAAUGCAUCACUGACAGAGCAUAUGUCUCAAGUGGAUUCCUUCACACCUCAGAGAUUUGACCUUCAGAAGCAGUGGAAGGAGAUGGAACAGCCAGGAGAUGUGGUCACGCACUGGGACACAGGGGUGACUGUAGACCUACUUAAGUUUAUCGGCCAGAAGUCGGUCACCUGUUCUGAUCUGAAAGUUCAUCCCAAUGUGCAGAAGGCUCAUGUUGACCGCCGUAUAGAGAGAAUGAAGGAUGGCAAAGGAUUAGACUGGGCUACAGCAGAGUCUCUGGCAUUUGGCUCACUACUGUAUCAAGGUUACAAUGUCCGUGUCAGUGGACAGGAUGUGGGGAGGGGGACAUUCAGUCACAGACAUGGCCUUUUGGUGGACCAGGAAACAGACGAGAUUUACAUCCCUUUAAAUCACAUCAAAGAGGAUCAGACAGGUUUCCUGGAGCUGGCAAACAGUGCCUUGUCUGAAGAGGCUGUGCUAGGUUUUGAGUAUGGAAUGAGCAUUGAACAUCCUAAUAAUCUCAUUAUCUGGGAGGCUCAGUUUGGAGAUUUCUUCAAUGGAGCCCAAAUCAUCAUUGACACAUAUAUUUCUAGUGGUGAAUUGAAAUGGCUGCUUCAGUCUGGUUUAGUCAUGCUGCUACCACAUGGAAUGGAUGGCGCAGGGCCAGAGCAUUCAUCUUGCAGGAUAGAAAGGUUUUUACAGAUGUGUGAUAGCAGUGAGGUAAAGGUGGAUGGUGAUAACAUUAAUAUGCAGGUGGUUAACCCCAGCACCCCUGCCCAGUACUUUCACCUCCUCAGAAGACAGAUGAUCCGUAACUUCCGUAAGCCCCUAAUAGUAGUUGCUCCAAAGAUUCUGCUUCGUCUGCCAGAGGCCACCUCUACCCUUGCUGAGAUGGCCCCUGGUUCCACCUUCCAGCCAGUUCUUGGUGACCCUGUUGUUUCUCCCAAGAAUGUGACCAAAGUUGUCUUCUGCUCAGGCAAACACUACUACACUCUAGCGAAAGAGAGGGAAAAUCUCAAACUUCAAAGUGUUGCUCUUGUUCGUUUAGAGUGCUUGUGUCCUUUCCCAGCUGCAGAGAUACAAACAGAGCUGAAUAAAUUUUCAAAUGCUACAGAUUUUGUGUGGAGUCAGGAAGAGCACAGAAACAUGGGUGCCUGGAGUUUUGUGUCUCCAAGGUUUGAAAACAUAUUGGGAAGAAAGCUGAGGUAUGUUGGUCGUGAUCAGCUUGGAACCCCAGCCAUAGGAAUCGGCCAGAUCCACCAAGCAGAGGCCAAAUCAUUACUUCAACAGACAUUCAGCUGAUUGCCAGAUGGCACUAGAUGUGUUUCAAGAAAUACAUAUUCAUAAAAGGAUUUAAUUGACUGUACUAUGAACAUCUAUGUAAGCAGAGAUUCCAUAAUCUAUAUUUGCUUGAGGUUUGCAUUCAGAAUGUAAUUGUGUGUGAGACUUAUGUUUGCAAUGCCUGAAAAAAGAUAGUUCAUUACUUUUUUAAUGCAAUGAUUGCUGUAAUUUGGUUGAAGAUAUUUUAUGGACAAACAGGAAGCACUAUGGCCAAUUCUCCGGACAGCUUUGUACUGUAUGAUCUAGUCAGGUCUUAAAGGAGUCAUAAAUCAAAAUGUUUUGUUUUUGAACAUAUGGGCAUUAAGUGAUUUUAAAGUUGAAGUCAAUGGUUAAAUUCAAAAUUUUUAAUGUAUCAUUACUUGAUGCAUCUAUUGAUAAGGGGGGGGGGGGUAUUAUUAGUUUCGUUUUGAUGCUUGUAAGAAUCAGAAUUUUAUGGAAGAUAUAUGUACCGAUACUUAUGCAAUUGCUUCAAUGUUUUCAGCUCACGUGAGCUUUUAGCUCUUCUAAUCAAAAGAACAAGGUAUGAUUGUGUACAUAAAAAGGCCCAAAAUAUUUCUCUGUUGAAUAAAGCUUGAUUUGUGUUUUAAGUAAGUUAGAUAUAUGCCAGGUAUACUAUCACAACUUAAAUGAAAGUUGUUGCUUAUUUGAUAGCGUUAUCAAGUCAUGGAUAAAACUGUUUCCCACCUUUUUUCAUGGAUAAGACUGUUUCCCACCUUUUUUCAUGGAUAAGACUGUUUCCCACCUUUUUUCAAAAAGAGCUUGAUAACUGUUUAAAUUUCAACCCCUUGAAUUUGUGAAUUUUUUCAUUGAUUUUGGCAAUUUUAUACCAACUUCACACUCCUGUCGUAUAACACAAAGCAAUUUUAGAUCAAAUUAAAUUUAGUUUGGGUUUGCUUAUACAUUCCUUAUUUGAAUGCCAGAUUUUGGGACUCCCACUAAAAUCAUCCAUGACUGUAGAAACUGUACCUGCUUCUGUCUUUUCACAUUUUCCAUCUUCUCCAGAAUCACUGGGCUAAUUUCAGUCAAACUUAGUACAAAUCAUCGUUGGGUGAAGGGGAUUCAAUUUUUUUCAAAUGAAUGUCCAUAUCCUCUUCAAAGGGGAGAUAAUCAAGAAAAGGCAAAAAUAGGAUGGGUUCAUUUAAUAAUCAUCUCAAGAACCACUAGGCCAGAAUUUUUUUUAAUUUACAUGAAAGCUUCCUGACAUAGUGCAGAUUCAAAUCAUGGCUCUCGGGGGUAGGGUAGGACCACAAUAUUGGAUCCAAGUUUUACUAAUAUGUUGGAAAAAUCUGGAAAAAUCAAUUUGCCAGAAAAGUUGAAAUUUGUAUGAAAGCUUCCUGAUUUAAGUUUGUUCAAAUCAUUGCUUUUGUGUUAAGGGUAGGACCACAAUAGGGGAUCAAAGUUUUACAUUCAGAUAUAUAGGAAAAAUAUUUUAUGAUUGUCUUCUGAAGAAAAGGAUCAUGAUUAGUCAUGUUAAUAUGCAAGCAUUCCCAGGUAGUGCAGAUUCAAGUUUCUUCAAAUUGUGGUCCCAUGUAGUAGUGUGGAGCCACAACAAAUCAAAUUUUACAUGGAAAUAUAUUUUUAAAAAAUCUUCAUCUCAACAACAGCAGGGCCAUGAUUAAUCAUAUUGCUAUGCAAGUAUCUUCAGGUAGUUCAAUUUCAAUUCAGGAGCCCUGGUGGUAGCCCGGUAGUAGGGUGGAGCCAUGGUGGUAGGGUGGAGCCACAAUAGGAGAUCAACAUUUUUGAUGGGAAUAUACAGGAAAUUAUUUUAAAAACUUCUUUUCAAGAGUAGCAGGGCCACACUAAAUCAUAUCUAAAUGCAAAUGUUCUCAAGUUGUGUGGAUUCAAGUCUGUCUUCUAUACCCUGACUAUUGUCAUGGGCAUAUUGUUUUGUCCUGUCUGUCUGAAACAUUAACCUUGCUCAUAACUUUUGAAUGGCAAGUGAUGGAGCUCUCAUAUUUCAAAUGCAUAUUCCUUGUGAAAAGAUCUUAUUAUUUUUUUUUUUUUGGUACUAAACUUUUUAACCUUGAAGAUUGACCUUUUAAGAAAACCUAACCUAUUCAAUAUCUCCUGAACUACCAAGGUGGGCUUUCACAAUUUUCAUAUAGAUUCCUUAUGAUGAAACACCGUAUAUUUCAUACAUGAUCUUUGACUUUGUGAACUUGACCUUGGAGUUUGGCUCAAAUGUCAAAACUUUAAUCUUACCCAUAACUUUUUGAAUAGUGUGCGAUAAGGCUCUCAUAUUUUAUAUAUGCUUUUCUUGUGACAAAACCUUUUGGUACCUUGUAACCUUGAUCCAAGAAUUUGACUUCUACAAAAAUCUAACCUGGUCAAUAUCUUGCAAAAUAUUUGAGCUGGAGCUUUUCAUAUUUUAUGUAUAGAUUUCUUAUGCCAAAUCCUUUCAUUUCAUACCAUGAUUAAUGACCAUGACAUUCUCCAGAACAGCAAGGUCAUGUUAAUCAUAUUGGUGUUGAGGCAUCCCCAUGCUAUGUAAGUUCAAGUUUAGUUAUGUCAUGAACCUUUGGGGCUAGGUUGGGGCCAUAAGAGGCAAAAAUUUUCAUUGGAAUAAAGGUUGAAAAAAAAUCCUUUAAAAUCACAAUAGCAGGGCAAAGGUGACUCAGGUGAGUGAUGUGGCCCAUGGACCUUUUGUUAUACUCGUCAUGUAUGAUUAUUUAUAAUGAAUUAAGAAAAUCAAAAUUGUUUUAUUUAAUAGAGAUUUCAACAAAAUUCAGUUAUUUAAUUAUCCUUUGAUGUCGCUGACAUUCAAAUAAAAAAUCAGUAUUCGACAAUCUGAGGAAAUUGUAUUUGACUGUAAAUUUUCCCCCAUUGAAAAACAUGCAUGUAACACAAUCAAUAUUUAGAUCUGCCACUGUUAAGAUCUACUUUAUCGGAGUUCUGCCUGCAGUUAAGGUCAGACACAAACAACUCUAGUGUUAUGCAAUAUUAUUGAUAUUUUUUCUGGUAUCAACAUUGUAUUUUGAAGUAGUACUCUUUUACAUGUGUGUUUUUGGUUGUUGUUUUUUUUUUUUAGAUUAAUCAACUUAGUUAGAGAAAUAUACAUUUGAAAAUUUUAAUGAUUUUUUUUCUUCAUAUUAAUCAUGUACAAAAUGUACCAGUAUUCAGCCUUUGUGAAGGUUUUUCUGUUGUGCUUAUUUUUGAUAAUUUUUAUAUGUUGCAUGGGAUAUUUCCAUCAAAGUCAUGUGAUAACCAUUAAAAAAUUAUUGAUGAGUGUAUAAUUGAUGUAUUGUUUCUGUGUGAUUAAAACUUGAAUCAUUUAAAGAGAAUUAGUGCAUUGCUUUUCUUAUAGACUACGAAAUAUAACAAAACUCGAGAACAAAUCUCUUAAAUUUAAAAGUAAGCCAAAAAUGGAAGGGUAUAUAUAAAUGCAUUUGCCAAAUACAAUACCCUCCAACACGAACUAAUAGAAGUAUUCGAUUGUAGUGUGUGUGACCUUGAGCACCCCAAUAUCACUUAAAAUGUGACUAAUUUUAUAGAGAUCUAAUAUAUGUGAAGAUUUUACACUAAAAAUGUGAUAAAUUUUAUAGAGGUCUAAUUUAUGUGAAGAUUUGGUUUUACCGAAUGAUAUAGUUAUUGUCUUGACUGUAAAUGGAAACACACAUAGCCCAAACGUUGAAAAUCAAAGUUAUGACGUGUAAGUGGAAUUUGACAUCUUUUGAUAUAUGUGUUGAUUACAUACAUCCACUAGAUAACUCAAAACAAUGGAGGGCAAGACAAGUAGACUGCAUCACUCGCAGCCUGGCAGGGCUUUCAUGGGUAUUUUCUUCAAAAUAUUGUAGAUGUUUUAAAAUUUGUGUUUAAGAAUUAAACAAACUGUAAAUUAAGUUCCACAAUGUUAGAAUAAAUAACCCAACCCUUUCCAAAACAAGACAGUUGGGGGGGGGGGGGGGGGGUAUACAUGAAUUACCAUGUCCAUCUGUUAUUCUGUUCUAAAGGCUAUCAAAAAAGCUCAAUUGAACUUGCAGCUCAGGUGAGCUAAAAACGUCAACAAAACUCAAACUUGAUCUGUAAUCCAUGGAUUCCAAUUAAAUUAAUUAAUAGAUUAUCAUCCCUGCCCGACCUUCAAAAAAGGGCCCCACCCAGAUUUUUUUUAUUUUCGCAAAAAUUACACGAUUUCAAACAAACUUGCCUCCCAGUGACUUGAGUGAAUGAUUAAAGUCACAGAAUGUUGGUUUUAUAUCUUCUACCAAGGAUUGUUUAAAUGUUAACUUGAUCAACACUUUGUGUGAUGCCUUUUGUCAAUAAUUUUUUUUCCCUGGGAAAUAAAAAUUAAAAAAAAUCCUCCCAUCCGCCCCAUAUUUUUUUGUGACCCGGGAUGAUAAUCUACUAAUUAAGUUAAAUUGGCCUUAGCUGCAGGGAUAGCAAAACAAAGAGACCCAAAGGUCUUAUCGGGUCACGUUAGAUUAGUUGUAUGUAUCGCUAGUCCCAAGGGCUACAAAAUCUAGAAAAAAAUUUCCUGUUCUGAAUAUCAGUAUUCAACAAAAGUGUACAAGUAUAAGUUUUAUUUAAAAGAACACAUCCUUUUUUAAAUGCCCUUGAAAGCAUCUAUAAUGAUGAAAGGCUUUACAUAAUAUAAUAUAUGUAACAUUAACACAAUAUGACUAAUUUGGACCCUUCCUAGAGUCAAUACCCCGGGGUUGCAAAAUUCACAAGUUUGGUACAUCCUUUUCUGUUUUUCCUAAAUAUGCAUUUAGAUUUUAUACCAUAUCAGCAAACUUCAAGAAGUACUUCAAAUGAUAAGGAAACUAUAAUGACUAAUAAUUUUGGCUCCACUCUGGAACCAAACCCUUACCCCCAAGGAUCAUGAAAUUUACAAUUUUGGUAAAGGACUAUUUAUUAGCUGAGUUCAGAGUAGCAAAUCUUGUCUUUUAAAUUGGCGAAGGAUGGGUGUCCAGUUGGGCGGGCGGGUAGCGUCCACAAUUAGCUUGUCCAGUCUCUAACUUUCAUACUUUUUGGUGCAUCAUUGUGAGACUUGCAUAACAUGAUCACAUCCAAAAGAGGAAGGUUCCAAUUUAUUUUGAGGUCAAAGUCUUUUUCACUAUAUACUAUAGAUUUGAGCUUGCCUCUAACUUUUAUACAUGUGCUUGCUGGUGCAUGUUUAUCAGACUUCAAAUCCUGAUGACAUUCAAGAUUCAUGUUGCUUUUGAAAUCCAAAGGUCAAGGUCAUUAUCACACUAAAUACCUAUUGUGGCCAUUCAAAGCUUCAUAAUUAUAAACUAUAUUAAAUACAUGCAUAUUUUUACUUUGUGAAUGCAAGCGUGUAUAAUUUUCCAAACUGCAACUCGGCCAUACGCAUCUUUGAUGCGAUUUUUCGUACUAAUAUCUAUCGGUAGCAUUAAAAAAAGGUAUCAUCUAAAUGUUUAACAUAUAUACACUAUAUAUAUACCAAGUUUGGCCCCUCCCUGGAGUUGGAAUCUCUACCCAGAGGGUCAUGAAAUUUACAAUCUUGGUAGAGGCCUUCCUGCUCUACAUCACAAUGCAUUUAGUUUUUCUUUAACAUGCAGUUGUAGAAAUGAAGAUUUUUGAAAAUUGGUCAAUAUUUGACAGUUUUGCCCCACCCUGAAGGCCCCCAGGGGUGCAGGAGUCCUGAAAUUUACAAUUCAUGUUCCUUUUUCACCACAAAUUUACAUAAUAAUGUGAGUAAAACUCCAGAUUUGGCACCAAAAAUGGCCGACUAUUUUGAUUAAUAUUUUACUUCCCCCUUCAGAAAUUCUGGAUCCACCAUUGUAACUACAUGUAGUAUCAUCCACAUUUCCCUCAACUGCACAGAAGUGUGCAUAUUAAAAUAAUCAACUGCACAGAUGUGUGCAUGUUAAAAUAAUCACACCUUGUAACUAGUAUCAUCCACAUGUCCCUCAACUGCACAGAUGUGUGCAUGUUAAAAUAAUCACACCUUGGUAUGUAUAUUUCUUUUUAAUUUCAUGACAGUACAAUAUUUUAAUAACAUGCUCUUUUGAAGACAACUGCAAUAUUUUAUUGGUAAAUAGCAGAGGUUUCAAGAAAGAUUACAACUCUCUCUUACACUGAAUAACUUGUUGUCUAUCACUGCAAAUAAAAAUGUUCCAAGUUCUUCAGUGAGUUUGACAUCUAUGAUUUCCCCAUCAAUAUCAACAAACUUGGCAAUUUUCUUCAGCUUUCAGUUAUGUUGUAAAGAUAACAUAUUGAUUGUGAAAUUUGAAGUACAUAGCCACACAGAAUUACAAUGUUACUUACAUCCAUGGUUUGAAAUAUAAGUUCAAGUAAAAAGAAUUUUGUUGGAAAGGGGUCUAAAGGAAUUUUUCCUGCAGUGUUGUAAAAAAUCCUGACUUCUGAAGUCACUGCCUCAUAAAAUUGAAAUUUCUUCUGCUUAAAAUGUAAAAAGUUUUGCAGAUAUUCACACAUCAAUAUUUCUUCUCUUUCUAAGAAAUACAUAAAAUUGUAUGCCUGCUUAGCACAUUUCUGGACAAGUAACUGAGUAUAAUCGCAUAAAUACACAAUACAAAAAAACCUUGAUGGAUCAUGUCAUCAAUAUAAAUAUUUUCAUGCAUGCAUUAUGAAAACACCAUUCUGGCAUAUUACAAACCAUGAACCAAGAUGAAAAAUAGUUCUACAGACAUCAUAUACACAUAAAAUAUCAAUAGACAGUGAUGAUGGUGCUUUAUGCAAAUAAUGAGAAUGAAAAGGUGGUUUGCUUGAAUAUAGAAAUAAAGCUAAGAAAAUUACAAAGGAAAGUUAAUAUGCAAUGUAUACAGAUAACGUGAGCCAAGCCAUUACAGCUCAAUCUUUUACUUUCUUGUCCCCCAUUUUCC